UCUCUUUCUCUAUUAAAAUAUUAAAUGCUCUCUCACCCACUUUCUUCUACUACAACUGGUGGUGAACAGAGGAACAGAGCGAGAUAGAGACACAAAGAGAGAGAGAGAGGAUCUGAUCUCAUUUCAUUUCCUCGUUUCCUUCUUCUGCGAGGGAAAUUUAAUUGUCUUCUACUUUGAAAUCUUCCCCAUUUAUUUACUCUUCAAGCAAGAAAGAGAAAGAGAGAGAGAGAGAGAGAUUAAUAUACUAGUGUUCAAGACACUCCUUGACACUCUCAAGAAUUGAAUUUCAAAAUUUUAGAGAGAAAGAGAGAAAGAGAGAGAGAGAGGAUAGAGAGAAACGAUGUUUGCUGCGGAGAAUGGUCUGAAAGGUGAUCCAAGACUCGAAGCUAUAUCAGCAGCCAUUAGAGUUGUUCCUGAUUUCCCCAAGAAAGGGAUUAUGUUUCAGGACAUAACAACGUUGUUAUUGGAUCAUAAGGCCUUUAAACAUACGAUUGACAUUUUCGUUGAUCGCUACAGAGACAUGCAAAUCUCUGUCGUUGCUGGAGUUGAAGCGAGAGGUUUUUUGUUGGGUCCUUCCAUUGCCUUAGCCAUCGGCGCAAAGUUUAUCCCUUUGCGUAAACCAGGAAAAUUACCAGGGAAAGUGAUAUCGGAGUCGUAUGAGCUUGAGUAUGGACAUGACCGUUUAGAGAUGCACGUUGGCACCGUUGAGCCUCGAGAACCCGGUUCAUUCCGGUUGAGGUUAUUUUCUCCUGGCAGAGUUCAUGUUUCAUUGUUACAAGUUUCAUCUUCUUUAUAAAAACUCUUAGGGUUUCAGUUCAACGUCUUUGUAUUCGUUCUCUGUAGAUUGAAUUUUGCUGUGCGGCUUUUACUUUUUUUUUUUUUUUUUAUCUUAAUCAAAAAAUGGCUAAUAACUGUAAUCAUGAAAAAGGGUAAGACAUACAUUCGUAAUACUAUAUGCGGGAAAUCUGAAGGAAAGAAAGUACAAAUAGUAGUAGUAGGUUUACUAAAAUUGAAUGCGGUUAUUACUGAGAGAGCUGAUGAAGUUGGUUGUUGGUAUUCUACGACAAACUAUUUAAUACUGCCACAUUGGUCCA